UACAUUAUAUUUUACUUUUACAUUGUCAAAAUGGCUCGAAUGAAUAGACCAGCCCCAGUGGAGAUCACCUACAAAAACAUGAGGUUCCUGAUUACCCACAAUCCCACCAAUGCCACGCUGAACAAGUUCAUUGAGGAGCUGAAGAAGUAUGGAGUUACCACCGUGGUGAGGGUUUGUGAGGCCACAUAUGAUGCCACUCUGGUGGUGAAGGAGGGCAUCCAGGUCCUGGAUUGGCCAUUCGAUGAUGGAGCUCCCCCGUCCAAUCAGAUCGUGGACGAUUGGCUGAAUCUGCUCAAGCUGAAAUUUAGGGAGGAGCCAGGCUGUUGCAUCGCUGUGCAUUGUGUUGCAGGCCUGGGCAGAGCUCCCGUUCUGGUGGCACUUGCUUUGAUCGAAUGUGGGAUGAAAUAUGAAGAUGCUGUCCAGUUCAUUCGGCAGAAGCGCAGAGGAGCUUUCAACAGUAAGCAGCUGUUUUAUCUGGAGAAAUAUCGUCCAAAAAUGCGCCUUCGCUUCAAAGACUCCAACGGCCAUCGCAAUAACUGCUGCAUCCAGUAAAACAUAUUCACAAAUUACAGCCAAAAUUCGAGCCAACCAACUUUUACCAUUUCUAAUCAUGAAAGUCCUAGCUAGCGCUGCACUGGCAGGCUUAUAUCUUUUAUUACAUUGUGUUGAAGUACUUUUAUUUUGAAAUUCUAUGCUAAACUUUAUCAAUGAUUCCUUCCUCCUCCAGGUAUCAAAGUGUCAAAAUGGAGAGAAUAGUCCUUAAGUGUGCCCAUUGUAACAGAUGAGAAAUAAAAAGGCAGCAUGAAUCAAUGUAAGAUGUUGGAAUAUAUAUAUUUUAAUUGGGCAGUCUGUUACCUGUGCUUCAAAAAUAGGUUGCGUUCACUAGAUUCCAAUGUCAAAAUCAAAGAUGGAGGGUAAAAACCAUUAAGUAAUAGGAAUGACCAAAAUCUACAGUUAUUUCUUAGCAACGAUCUUACAACAAUCUUGUGGCUUAAUGCGUUGUCUACAGUCUACAAUUAUAUUUUAGUUUGAUAUGAAUUCGUGUCACCAGAUCUGCAAUUAUUGGACCUAUCCACACUCAGUUAAAACUAGGGUGAUUAGAAAGUUUGUUUGAACUUGUUAUAUAAUGGUUUAAAAUGGCAUGGAGAAGUGGUAAUAUCAAUCCAUUUACUAAAACUUUUAAUUGUAAACAGACAAUUUAGCCAAAAGAUUAAGAUAACAAAACUUUGUCGGUCUCAAGAAAUGUUAUUGUUGCAACUGUAAAAGUACAAGUACAGCCACAAUAAAAUAUUAAACAGUAAAUAAUUGUUAAAAAAAAAAAAAAAAGUCUCCAUCUAAAUGAUUGGCAUAAAAAUAUAUGUAGUUAGUGAGCACAACCUAUUGUCUGGUAUUGUUCCUUAUUAUAGAUGAAUUUGUGGUGACUGACUAGAAAGACUAGAAAGAGCUAUGCCUUCCUUAGAAUUCACAUCCAUAAAUGCCUUACAAUCAAAGUGCACCAACUGGCAAUCGUGAUGGCUGGCAUUUAAAAAGGUGUUUGGUUUUUCUACUCGGAACAAAAACAAAAAAAAAUAAACAAAUUGUUGCCUUCGUCUUGUGCAGGAAGUCUUAACAAUUAUGCCCUUUCAGUACAGUUUUUUACUAUGAAAUGCUUAAUUGUCGCAUAUUUGUUAAGCGAAGUCUAGCAGCUGUUAUUUUCCUAUCAAACUUUUUGUUUACCAAUUAACUGCCAUGUCCAAAAUGUGAGUUUAGUUUUUAGUUUCCGGAUUUAUUUGCGUUCAUAUUUUUUGCUUCAAACUGGACUUCCAACGUCUGCUAUAUUUUGUAUGCCUUUUUAUUUUGUCAGUAACUUAAAGACUUCGAUACUUGAUGAUGAUUUUAUGUAUUAAAAAUGUGUACUAUUAUUUUUAGGUUGGCUAUUUAUACUAUCAGUGGAUGUGUGAUUUAGUACCGUGAGCGACAAAACUUGUACCUUGUUCACCGACUUGUGAGAGUACAUUAAAAUUAUACACCAAAAUCCAA